AUGUUUGGCUUUCUAUUUGGGUGGAGAAAAGCUUCAAAAUGUAAGAAGCUAAUCAGAACAGCUCUGUGUCGGCUUCAGAUGCUCAAGAAGAAGAGAUAUUCAAUUGUUAAGCAAUUACGUGAAGAUUUGUUUGAGCUGGUUAACAAUGGCUAUCAACAAAUUGCUUUCAGAAGGGUGGAACAGCUUAUUCAAGAUGAAAUCUUGAUGGAGGCUUAUGAUUUGAUUGAAAAUUUCUGUGAAUUCAUCUUGGUGAAGUUUUCCCAUAUCAAGAAACACAAGUAUUUUAUGGUUUUCAGGACGUGCCCUGAUGAUAUUAUUGAAGCAAUUUCAAGUCUCAUAUUUGCCUCAGCAAGAUGUGGGGAUUUUCCUGAGCUUAAAUCAGUUCGGAAGCUGUUCGAGAAGCGUUUCGGACGGAGUUUUGCUGUGGCUGCUGUUGAAUUGUGUCCUGGAAAUCUUGUGAACUCACAGAUCAAAGAGAAGCUUUUAUUGAAGCCUGUUUCAGAUCACGAGAAGCAAAGAUUUAUCAAUGAUAUAGCAAGAGAUUGCUUUUAUCCAUCAAUUUUGGCUCUUGAAUACUCUCCUGAUUGGCAUCAGAAACAGGUACACGACAAUGAAGAUGAAACUAAUGGUGAGGGAAAAGAAGAACCAGAGAAGUUGGAGAAAGUAGUAAUCUCUCUCAAUUCGUCACGAGACAACAACCGUGAUGUCGUGGAUGCUCGGUGUCAUUCUACUUCUUCCAGCUCUUUAGUUUGUCAAUCUUCUCCAAAUGAAAGGGAGGAUGUUGGCUUAGACAGAGAGAAUGAUGCAUCCUCUCCUGAAAUCCUUCCAUUUUGUGAUGAAAGUAUCGUUUAUCUCGACAACAUCGUCGAGCUUUCUGACCUCUCGAUGGAAUAUGGAGACUCGUUGGAUCAAAGAUUCUUCAAGUUCAAAUCACUUGUUACAAGCAUGGGAGAAAAUGUUCGAGAUGGAAACGAUCAAAGUCUCAUAGAAAAGCAUGAUGAUUCGAAUACGAAAUUGGUUUCAGGGAGAUCUAAUCAGAUUAUAAUUGGGUCUCCGAAAGAACUGAGGAUAGUAUCGAUGUGUCGAGAGCAAGAGAAUCAUAGUUUAAAUAAUACAAAGAAGAAAUUCAUGAAGUGUUGUUGUUUAUCAUGCCACAGCUUGUCAUCUGAACUGCAAAACUACUGCUUGGAGCAGCCAUGUUAUGUCUAUUCUGAGUGUAGAACAGACGAUUAUGUUGUUCGGUCUUCGGCGGUUAAGCAUACGGAUUACGAUUUGUCUAGCAAAGAUUCAUGGAAUGAAGAUUCAAAUGAGGAAAUCGAAUUUGAUACGUUUUCGAGGACAAAAAAGGCAAGCAAUUAUGGGAAUGGAACUGUGGUUUAUGAUGUUUUUGUGUACUCUCAUUGCCAGCCAGUUGAAAACAAAGAAACUAAUGCAAAACCAGAAGAACUCAGGACAAAUGGUAAGUAUGAAACUUCUGUUGGUUUCAAUGGAAUUCAAAAUAAGUUCACAAAAUGUAUGAAAGGUGCAGAUAAGUAUCCAAGUCAUGUUCAUCCGAAGUUGCCCGAUUACGACGAAAUCGCAGCCAAGUUCAUAGCUCUCAAGAGAGAAUAUUUGCAAAAAUCAAUGAAAGGAGGCAACUAGCAACAACUUCAGAAGCAAAAGACAAAAGAAAGGAAUCUGUAUUUUAUUACAUUCUGAUAAGGAAAAAGAAAAGAGAGUCAAAAGGGAAAUAAUUCCACUACCAUUGUAAUUGUUUGUAGAAGUCAAUUU